AACCGAAUCUCCAGCACCCUCGGUUUGUCAUUCAUCUGCUCGCCAUUGGAAUGAUAAAGCGAUGCCGAUGAGAUCAGAUAUGACACAGACGAGAACUACAAGAAGAUCGUAAAAUCAGAAGAAGAAAAAAUGGCGGUUGAAAUCCCUAAGAAUUUAAUUGCCGAACUCCAGAUUACACUUCGCAAGCAAGCCAACGUCCCUUCCUACGAUCCGAACGACCCGUCGCUUCCAGCUCCACCUUCAUUCUUUCACUCCACCGCCAACUCUCCCCGCCUCUGCUGCCACCACUGCAAAGCUCAUCUCCUCCGGGUCUCUCAAUCCCUCCUUUGCAUUUUCUGCGGCAAAUGCCCGACUGAAACGCCGCCCCCACCCAUCAAAUUUCAGUCCACUUCAGGGUACCGAUGGUUCCUUCACUCCCUUAACUUAGAUGGAUCUGAAAUUGUGGGAGAGUCUUUAGACGGGAAUGGAAAGCGGAAAGAACGUAGAGAUGGGUCUGCUUUAUCUGAUAUUUUAGGUUUAGAAAUAAGGUGGAAUGAUGCCGAGCUAGAGGGAUUUGAUUAUGGUUUAAAAAAGAGUAAUCUGUUAAAUUUGGCUGGAAUUGAUGAUGAUUUUUAGCUGAAAGAGAAGAAGGUUCUGCUCCAGGACCCUCUGUAGAGACAUUGGCGGUAAAAAAAGGGAUCCAUUCUACCGGAACUAAUGAGCUUGAAUCUCGUGAAACCCUUAGUUCAUUUGGGAAUUUCCAGGGCUCUGUCUCUGGUUGGCAGGCUGACUUUCAGUCUGCCGAUUCUAGAGUUGGUCAUGGUGCUAUUAGUUACUCAUUGUUUGAUCCUUUUGCGAGUUCCUCAAAAGAUAUUUCUUCCAACAUGGACACAGUAUUCGGACAAGGUGAUCAAGCACAAAUCAGUGCCAGCAAUACCCCUGUUGAGAGAACUGACGAUGUUGGUGAUGAUUCCUUUGAUGACUGGAAUGACUUUAAGGGUUUCACCAUUGCACAAGAUGUUGCUCAGAGUUAUUCAGACCAGACUGCUGGUGGUUUGAAGUCAAUGUAUGAAAAAGGUUCUUCUGCCGAUCUUUCUACUCACAUGGAUGGUGUCUUUGGAACAGGAGACUUCUUUCAGGGAGCAGCAGUAGAUAAUACAACUUCAUCCUACACUACCAAUUGGUUUCAGGAUGAUCUAUGGAGUAAUUCCACCUCAAAGAUGGUUCAUCCUGCUGAGCAAUCGGAUGAGAAUGUGGGUGAGAAAGAUGAUGGGAAUUUGGUAAAUACAAAUAGUUCUUCUGCGAGUAUAAACAAAAUUCAAGAUGAUCAAUGGCCAUUAAUUGGAAACAAAGCAGCUGAUGGUGGAACCAACAACAAAGUUGAUGAUUCAUUUGCAGCUUGGAAUGAUUUUAAAAGCUCAGGUUUCCUGAAUUCUUCAGUUAGUUCUUCGAAAGAACAUGCUAUCCAUACUACUACUGAAGUAAAGAGUAGAGACCUUUUUUCUGGAUGGAACCCUGACUUCCAAUCUGCUAAUUCUAAAAAUAAUCACGUGGGAUCCAAAUCAACUGAUCCUUUUGUGCGUUCCUCAUUUGAUCUUUCUGAUCGCAUUGAUACUGUCUUUGCAUCAGGAAAAGAUAUAUUUGAUGGGAAAACAAAAGAUAGCUCCAAUGCGUCUGAUGUGAACAGCUGGUUUCUGGAUGAUCUAUGGUCUAAUUCUACCUCAAAGUUAACUCAUCAGGCUGAAAACUUGGAUGAAACUGGUAGCAUCAUGGAUUCUGAAACAGCUAGUAGUGUGCAUAAUCCUCCCUCCAUGGACGUUGAUUGGUUUCCCGAUGAUCAAUGGUUAACAGGUAACCAGAAGGCAUCUGAUAUAAAAUCUAUUGAUGAAUCAGAUAAUUCAUUUGGUGAUUGGUUCGACUUCAAAAGCUCAACUACUAAGCAAGAUUCUCUUAGUAAUUCUUCGAAACAAGCUGUUAGAACUGAUAAUCAGACCAUUGAUGAUAAUAACGUCUUGUCUGCUGCCUGGAAUGAUUUUGCUAGCUCAACUAGUGUGAAAGAUGCCUUAAGUAUGUCUGUGAAACAAAAUGUCCAUCAAGAAAAGCCUUCCGUUGAAACUUCAGGAGUACAGUUGUUCAGUACGGAUAACAAUUCAAGCAAUAACAAGUUUGGUGGUUUAUCUCAACGUGAUUUCUUUUCAGGGGCAUUCAGCAAUCAGAAUGGCUCAACUGACGCUAAUAUUUUCUGGCCUGAAGCUCUUCUUUCAGACAGGAUGGCUGAUGCGAAUGUAAGAGGCAGUAAUGAAGCUGAAGUUGCAAAAGAUGUUGGUCUCUCUAAUGCAACAACACGUUCAAAAAGUGAUGAAAUAGAGAAAUUUAUGUCACAAAUGAAUGAUCUAUCAUUUAUAUUAGAAAGUAAUCUCUCAAUACCUGCAAAAGUAGAUGAAUAUAAUUAACAUUCUAAUGGCCGGGAGCCAUUUUAACC